AUGACGUCUAAUGGCUCAGAAGUCACGGACUCCGUAUGCGAAGUGUGGGAAAAUGUUCCCCAUCGAGUCCUACGAGCUACCUACAUUGGCGUUGAUCUCGUGCUGACCAUGUUUGGGAAUGUACUGACUAUUGUAGUCACUAGAAAGGUGGAGGAGUUCUCCGACAGUACCAAAAUGAUGUUCACGUCGCUGGCAUUGGCUGACCUCGGUGUGGCAUUCGUUGCUGCCACGUCUUUUGCUGCCGAGAUUUCGGGUGGUUGGAUCUUCCCAAUGUGGAUAUGUGAAGCUUCUUUCAUAUCCUUCUACAUUUUCACAGCUGUUUCUGUUUUCAUGCUUGUCAUCAUGACAUUUGACCGGCUGGUGGCCGUCGUCCGACCGCUCCGUUACUCAUUGAUUUUGACCAAAGGAAGGAGCCUGGUUGCUAUUGCCUUCGUGUGGCUGGCUUGCACCGUAGGCGCAAUCUUCACGACAAUUACCAACCAGAUAAUAUACAACAAAUGCUCGGCACUCUGCUCAACAAAAGACAGGAACAUCCUGCAAAGUGUCGUGGCUAUAGUUACCUAUUACUUCAUCCCUUUGACUCUCAUAGUCCUGAUGAAUGUAAAACUUCUGUCAGUUGCCCACCAGCACGCAAGACGGUUCAGGAAUCAAGUGGUUGCUACGCCCGCAGUCUCCAUCAAUCUCGAGCGGGCCCACGUCCAACACCAUCCCCGGAGCACCUUGAGGGGCAAAGCUGUUGGCGUAGUCACUCUCGUCACCUUCGCCUUCAUCGUCAGCUGGUCACUUUUUUACGUGAAGCUCAUACUCAAUGCAGCUUCCGAUGAGGGUGUCAACUUCCCAGAGGGGAUCGAGUUUGCUUCUAUCUGGUUGGGACUGACCAACAGUUGGUGGAAUGUCAUCAUGUACUCGGUGAUGAAUCGCAGCUUCCGGCAGCACCUGAAGUCUGUUUUGCGUCGGUUGUGUUCUUGGUUGCCCGAGCGAUUUAGAGACAUUUGCCGGAGAUAA